AUGAUCAACAACUUUGGUUCCUACGUGGUCUUGCCUGGAAGCGCCAUUCAUACCAGUCUAAAGUCGCUUUUGGUUGGAGACUUCUUUGGUGCAGGGAACUCUAGUGCUGCAGCAUCAGGGGACAAUUCUACUUCUUCUAGUACUGGAGGCGUCUUUGGAGUUGCUGACGAAGGACUGGCAUUCGCAAGUGAUGUCGUUGGUGAUGAACAAGCAAAUGGAGAUCCCAGCAUCGUAUUCCAAGAUGCCGUGAGUGUUGGUACCGCAGCUGCCACAGCUAUGCACUCCUAUUCACGAGGUAGCACAGGCACGAGCGCGACCAAAAACGCUGCAGACAAACAUGCCUACACAUCUCCCAAAGGCAGCGCAGUGCCUGGUGCGCUCGCGCAAGUACACCCGGAAGCUGAGCUUGCCAAAAAUGCAACGAAGGCGAUUGGUCUGGCAGUGACAAGUAGUGCUUCCUCGUUUUUUGUCAGGCAACUCACGGACGGCGUGGACAUCAUGAAAAUCUACGCAACAGACGUCAUAGCGAUGCAAGCCGAAUACACGAACAAGACAGACGCAAAUUUGACCCUAGUAGUCAACUCGUCCGCAUCGGCAGACACGGCAUUGGUGCCAAGCGUGCUCCAGAACAAGACAUUGGUGCUGGAACAGCGAGAGUACGAGGAAUCAGGUUCUGCCACGCUUGCCUCUAUUGUAGUAAAAACUAAGAACCACGAAAGAGAGAACUCACACUCAGCAGGUGCGACAAUAGAACCCGUACAUGAUCGCAGUGUCGAAUUUUUCAGCGACUUCACUGAAACAGAGACUCCUAUCACGGUGUGUCAACUCGGCGAACCGUGUGGAGCGUUUCUAGAAGCCGACACUAGCCUGGUUUCUUUGCUUUCCGACCCCUACAAGAAAAUCGCGAAUGGCCACGAGGUUGCUCGCAAUGUCAUCAACUUGUUCAACUACAACCAAUCUACCUUUGUGACACACGACAAUUUCACCUUCUACGACACGGAGAGUCUGCCUGGUUUCACUGUCGCAACGAGCUUGGAAUUGAAGAUCUGCGAUGCGCGACAUGAACUAGGUUUGAAUGACCUGCUUGACCAGUACGGGUUGAGGUAUCUAAAUCCAGGCAAGAUACCGCCAGAUGCGAGAAUAGCCGAACUAUUGGCGAUGAAUGGCAGCAAUGCAACAUCGACGCUGAACAGUAGUGAACUUGGGACCUCCACCUUGCAGUAUCAAACUGACCUGGCAUUGCAUGACGCCUUCCGAAACGCCAGUACUUCUGAAGAGACCAUAUUGGACCACCUGACUUUCCCGCCCUUGCCUCUCUUGGACACCACGAGCAUUCAACCGGUAGGGGUUCUGCGAGAAUUGUAUCUCGCCGACGACGACGUGACCUACCGCAAGUAUGACGAAGCAGGCAGACAGAGCGUUUUAGAUCAGAACUCGCGCUUACCGGAGACGUACUUCUGGACCGAUGUGGUCCAGAACAGACUGGGCGUUCCGUUGAAGCAACGCGCUAAUUUUGGGGUCAUCGGUCACGCAGACGUAAACAAGUUGUUCAGCCUGUGCUGGAUUGUGGAGAACACCGUGAUGGAGAAUGACGAGAUUGUAGCCCCCGCAGGAGGUGCAACUACCUCCUCUGAUCCCUAUCUCCUGUCAUUGAUCGACUCAGUGAACAGUACUCUCAACCGAGACACCACAAGUUCGUUGAUUGCAGCGUCGAGCUCGAGUGGUACUACUAUGAACACCUCGUCCGCAAAUGGUAGUGCCAAUGCAAGUAGUACAAGUACUAGCUCAGAUGUAGUUUCUCUUUCUAGCACAUCUACCACUGGUGCGAGGACGCUUGCGCCUUUGCCUGACGGGUACUACAGGAAUUCAAAGGGUGAAGUAGUUCAAGGCGUUUACGUAGAUGAGAGUUCUAUUGCGCCACUGCUCUUCCCCGAUACGGAAGCCGCGCAGACUGCAGCUCGAGCAGCGACGUCCCCGGUGGAACUAGCAGACCUAUUUGAUGUGGAUCUAGAAGCGGCAUUAACAGCAGCUGCAGGAGCUUCUGCACAAGAAACUAUCGUUGCAAACUUGUCGAAUACAAGCAACAGUUCUAAUCUUUCCUCUUCCCGCCGCCUAGUCCUACUCGAUGCCACCACGACUACAAGCACAACGACCCCAAUAAGGCAAAAGGUGCACUUUUCGCACAGAACUGUGCUAGAACUAGGAAAAGUUAGAUUUCAGGGACCACGAAGCGACUUAGGAGUGUUUCAGUGCACGAUGGGCAAAGCAUGCGAGGUCAGACUCAGAGGCGCGAUGUCUAAACCCCAUAGAUUGGGCAUCUACAAAAAACAGCUCGGCGACAAACAUUUGAAACCACUGGUCCAUUGCAGCGCACUGUCGACGAAGAACCUGGUGGUUCAAGUUCCAAUAAAGGAAAUCGUGUCGCCUUUGGGAAAUGUCACUACUAGCAUCAACUCAAAUGCAACGGGUAAUGGGUCGAAUGUAUCUGAGAACUCAACAUCGGCUACAGUCCCAGUCGCACCUACGUCUACAUCUUUGAGAGGGACAAGUACAACUCCAACGAUGCCCGAUUACGCCAGCGACAGCCUUACCAGCUUGCUCAACAUCAACACAUCCACGUCUGCCAGCACUGCCACGCUCCUCGAGGACAAAGCGCGCCUCCUGUCUGGCCCUUUUGUAAAUUUUUUCGCGACCGAGAUUGCCUAUGAAAUUCCAGCUUCGGUCUUCGCAGAUUAUAGCGUGUUUGAGCCCUCUGACUCCUUCGUUUACGAGGUUUGCUACGGUCCUCACGUUCUCGUGAACGAACUCGUAGUGAACGGACCCUUCCCACUGAUUGCCGCAGUCAACCUCCGAGAAAGUACCAUUGUGCCCGUGAACAGUCUUAUCACUUCCCAGGGGAACACGCUAGCCGAAGUGAUGAGACAGCAACAAGAAGCGAGCCCAACUUCUAGUACGGACAGCGACAGCAGCACAUCUUCUUCUUCGAGCACAUCACCUGUGCACACGUCCGCAACGUCGACGAUCUCGUCGCUGUACCCUCUAACUAUGAAGAAAAGAUCAAGCUCUUCAACGGGAAGCGUUGACAGCGUGGUCCGCGUCUACGGUGGUCCUAUAUCUAUUGGCCCUACCUUGCAACAACUCUCCUCUCCAUUCGGGCCCCCUUUGUUGCAGCACUUGUUGGCCUUCCCGAACCCUGUUUCAGACUAUGACAGCCAGACUGGGCGAUCUCAAACUAGUUUCGAUGGAGGCCUGACAGCAUUGAGAGAGGAAACAAGAGAAUUAGUGGCGCAGAGAGGAGAUUUUUACCCAGUUCAAAGCGGUCGAGGAGACGAUCGUGUGGACCUCAGUCGGCAACUUGUGGCUAGCAGCGCUCUAGAACGCUAUGCCAGGGUGAACGCGAUCAACGCUGCUUAUGCGGCAAACGCGAGUCGCGCUUUGCCGAACGAGGAAACACUCCGCAAUAUAGAUCUGUCGAACCCCAGAUUGACACAGUACAAGCCUCAAGUAUUCGUCGGAGAAGUCGUGUGCUUGUCCAGAACGGAGUGUUUACAGUUCACGGCGUUGAAGGAGAUGCUGGCUGGGGAUACGGCAGGGACGUUUGCCUAUAAGUGUGUGGCUGUGGACGAAAGUGGAACGGCUAUGAACAGCUCAACUACGUCGAACAGUUCUUCAAGUAACAACAGCACAACAGCGACGUCUUCUAUCUGUCCUGUGCAAAUCAGUGGCCGAUUCCCAGCAGGCCUACAAACCUCCAGUGAAUUAGGAAUUGGACUGGUUCUUGCAGGGGAGAGUGACACUGAUCCAACUUCUUCUUCUAGUACGAUGCAGAGUGACACUGAUCCAAGUACUAGUACUAUAGGUACAAGUUCUUCUAGUACGAUGCAGAGAGAACCAGAAACCUCGACGUCUUGUGGAAAUUUCACUGCACCCCUGACGGCUGGCCCGCGUGGUCUCUCCUUCAAUCUGACAGUGACCAGUAACGCAGUCGAUGUGGAACUAGCUCUCUGCUGGCGUACUGCGCCAACAGCGCAGCCAAUUCGCAUAGGCAGCUUGCUACUGAUGUCAUCAGCAAGUGCUAGUGCAGUCGUAGGAGCCGAAGGAGGAAGCGGUGCUGUUGGUGUUGGUGCCAGUAUGACCCAAGGAGGUGGAGGGUAUUGA